CACGUGACGCACUUUCUAAAGUAAAAAAACUCCAACCGUAUUAUUGGCCUCAGCUAGUGCUCACUACGCACCCCCCCACCGCGCACUUUAGUACUCAAAGUUCAAUAAAGCUCUCACAUUAUACAUUACUAUCUCUUUCUCUGUCACUCUCCGUACCUAUAAUGGCGAAUCGUCUGUUUAUUUUGCUGGUCUCGUUGUUUAGUUACUUGUUGUUCGAUGGAUCGGCUGCUGUCACGUUUUCUUCGAAGCUGAUACACCGAUUUUCCGACGAAGCGAAAGCGAGAUGGAUUUCGAGAGGCGGUGACGCGUCGGCUGCUGCUUCGUGGCCGAACAAGAAAAGUGUGGAGUAUAUGGAGGUGCUCUUUGGUAACGACUUGAAACGGCAGAGAAUGAGAGUGGAUUUACAAAGUAGUAACAAAUCGCAGUAUCAAUUACUGUUUCCCUCUCAUGGAAGCCAGACACUUUACUUCGGAAAUCAGUUUUAUUGGUUACACUACACGUGGAUUGAUAUAGGGACACCAAACGUUUCGUUUCUGGUUGCAUUGGAUGCUGGAAGUAAUAUAUUAUGGGUCCCAUGUCAAUGUAAACAAUGCGCUCCUUUGUCUGCCAGUUACUAUACUUCUUUGGAAAGAGACCUGAGUGAGUAUGAUCCGGCAACAUCGAGCAGCAGCAAAAACCUAUCUUGCAGUAAUCAGUUAUGCAAGUCUCGCACAAACUGCAAUAGCUUGAAGGAUCCCUGCCCUUACGUUGCUGAAUAUGCUUCAGAAGAUACCUCAAGUUCUGGAUAUCUGGUUGAAGACGUAUUACACUUAGCUUCAGUUAGCAAACAUGCAACCCAAAGUUUGGUGCAAGCAUCAGUUAUUAUAGGCUGUGGUAGGAAGCAAACUGGCAGUUAUUUGGAUGGAGCAGCUCCAGAUGGACUAAUGGGAUUGGGACUUGGAGACAUUUCAGUACCAACUUUGCUUGCAAAAGCAGGAUUAAUUCUGAAUUCCUUCUCGAUUUGUUUUGAUGAGAAUGAUUCAGGGAGAAUUUUCUUCGGAGAUCAAGGGCCUGCCUCUCAACAGUCUACUUCAUUCUUGCCCAUAGGAGAAAAAUAUGACACCUAUUUUGUUGAGGUGGAGUCUUACUGUGUCGGAAGUUCUUGUCUUCAGCAAUCUGGAUUCCAAGCAUUGGUUGAUAGUGGUUCAUCGUUCACAUUUCUUCCAGCUGACUUAUAUGAUAAAGUUGUUUCGAAGUUUGACAAACUUGUGACUGCUAAAAGAAUUGACCUUCAAGGAAAUUCCUGGAAGAACUGCUACAAUGCCAGUUCAGAGGAGCUGCAUAGCAUUCCCAACAUGAGGCUCAUAUUUACUACAAACCAAAGCUUUUUAGUCCAUAAUCAUAUAUAUUCCUUUCCUGAAAAUCAGGGAUUUACAGUAUUCUGUUUAACUGUAAUGCCUGCAGAUGGAGACUUUGGUAUUAUUGGACAAAACUUCUUGAUGGGCCAUCUCAUGGUCUUUGAUAGGGAAAAUUUGAAGUUGGGUUGGUCACAUUCCAAUUGUGAAGAUGUGAGUGACAGCUCACACGUACAUCUUGGGCCGCCACCUGAUGUUGGAUCUCCGAACCCAUUGCCAACCACUGAGCAACAGAGCACCAAUAAUGCCAGCGCAGCUUCACCUGCCACUGCCAAAAGGGCUUCGUCAAAGUCCUCUGCACCGUCCAUCCUGCAACUUCAUUCUCUGCUCCGUCUGAUGAGUUCAUUGAUACUGUUAAUGUGUUUGUUUGUUCCAUCUGAUUAAUUCUCUAUCUUGUAAAUCUUGUCCAUUCUUGGCCUAACUCUCUCAGCUUACCGAGUGUUCACUUUUUAUUAUUAGGUUAUUGUAUUGAUUGAGGUCGGUAGAAAGAGUUAUCUUCUACAGCUGUAGUCUCUGCGAGGUCACAUAGGUAAAUUAAGCUAUGUUUUGUUUAAAUCAUAGCGAUAAACUGGUGGGCUAUGUAGGAUCAUGAAACCAUUAGGUCCAUUACAUCACCUAGUCCUAGAAGAAACUAUUGCAUAAUUGCUUAAUUUCCGUGAUGGGGACUGGUUUGGCUUGUUUUUAGAAAAAUGGGGACAAUAUUUGUCACAUAGCUAUUAUAAAACGUAUGUCAAGAUCUUGUGUUAAUUUAAAUGAGAACAU